AUGUCAAGCGGCCUUCCCUAUUUGAACAAGCUGCGCAAGCCGGAGCUGCUCGAGUUUGCAGAGAAAACCGAUCUUCAAGGCUUCUCCGACUAUAACAAGAUUGAUCUCGCCACCGCGCUGGACAAGCACUUGAGCAGCAAUCGCGCGAUUUUCUCUGGUGAGAAGAUUCUUGCCGAUUACUACAAGCGUCUGUCUGCGCCUCCUCGUGGAGGAUCGCCCAUCAAGCGCGAGGCCAAGGUUGAGAUCACCCCCACCGUGAGGAAGACGCCCGGCCGCAAGCCCAACGCGCAAAAGCAGGAGGAAGCGACUGAAUCUGAUGAACCCUCUUCAACGCGCCGAGCUGCCAAGUCGCCCGUUUCGCCCGUUUCGCCCAGUGAAGUCGUGCGCCGGUCUACAAGCCACAUUCGCGCAGCCUUCGAUGUGCCUCCUUCCCCAGCCCAGGUGACGGACGCGAUUGACCGGCAAACCACGCGCGUGCGCGAGGGCCUCGAGCAGGCAUGGUCUUCAUCGGGUGUUACGGAGCGCACGCACUCUUUGCGCACAAACCUGAGCAGCCUUGCCGCAAUCCAGGUCCUCGUCGUGCUUGUUGAGGCUUACACUGUUAUGUCCGACCAGCUACCCAACCGCUUCUUGACCACCAUCAAGGCCAACCAGACCCUGCACACUCCCGCGAUUCCGGUCAAGGUCCCGGAUCUGUUCCGCCUGGUGACCCCGGGCUUCUGGGGACCCUUCACCCUCUGGCUCCUCACUAACCUGAUUCUCCCCUUGAUCGCCGCGUAUUUCUUCAACCUGAGCUGGCACGCUGCUACUGGCGGUGGUGCACGUCGGGGUCGCUCAGCGGCUUCCUCGAGCUCUUUCGACCCGCUGACUUUCAACAUCGCCAAGGCGUUGCUGGUGUGGAAGGUGUAUGUCCAGGGCUUCUCCUACUGGGGUAUGUACAGCAAGCUUGCCCUUGAGAAGGUCAACUCUGCCAUUCCCGGCAACUACUAUGGCAUGUGGAGCGGUGCUGCCAUUGGUGUGAUUGGCGCUCUCUACGAGGCUAUUCUGCGCCGCUCGUAG